AUGGCGCUCUUUGAUGCAGCCUCGUGGGCCUUUGUCCACCCGAUAGGGGUCCAUGGCCGCUAUUUCGUUGAUACUGUGACGAGAGAGCCCUUCUUUGUGAAAGGAGUUGACUACCAGCCGGGUGGCUCUUCAGCUGUCACAGAGGACUCGGACCCGCUCUCAGAUCCAAACGCCUGUGCCAGGGAUAUAAUCAUGUUCCAAGAGUUGGGUAUUAACACCAUCCGUGUUUACUCCAUCAACCCAGAUCUCAACCAUGACAUAUGUAUGACGAUGUUGGCGUCUGCUGGCAUAUACUUGGUGUUGGAUGUGAACUCGCCACUUGAAGGACAGCACUUGAACCGAUACGAGCCGUGGUUGACAUACAACGAGGAUUAUGUGGAGCACGUGUUCAAAGUCAUAGAGCAGUUCUCAGGCUAUAACAACACCUUGGGCUUCUUUGCAGGCAAUGAGAUUGUCAACGAUAAGAAGAGUGCGAGAAAUUCACCCGUUUACGUCAAGGCCCUAAUUUCCGAUAUGAAGUCGUACAUCUCCAAGCAUAGUCCAAGGUUCAUUCCGGUUGGCUAUUCCGCAGCUGAUGAUUUGAACUAUAGGGUAUCGUUGUCCAAGUACCUAGAGUGUACCACUGGUUCUCUAUACGAUUCCGUGGAUUUCUAUGGCGUCAAUACUUACCAGUGGUGUGGUGAACAGACGUUCUAUACAAGUGGCUAUGACAUCUUGGUGAACGACUAUGAGGAUUACGUUCGUCCUGUUUUCUUUUCAGAAUUUGGAUGCAACAAGGUGACUCCAAGACUGUUUGAAGAAGUUGGAUCAAUGUUUUCGAACGAUAUGAUUGGUGUGUUCAGUGGAGGCUUGGUUUAUGAAUAUUCACAAGAGCCAAACAACUAUGGAUUGGUUGAAAUUGACGCAAAUGGUAACCUCAAGCUACUCAAGGAUUAUGAUCAUUUGAAGCUUCAGUUCAACAGCGUUGACUUGCCAACAGGCAGGGAGAUUGCUGAUUUGUACACCAGCCAUGGCAAAGGGCUCAAAUUGGGAGCCCAGGCAAUCCCAGAAUGUUAUGAUGAGUAUGACAACUUGGAUAUAAACAAAGGUGUCGAUUCUGCUGUCUCUCUGUUACUCUUGAGAAAUGGAGUCGAUGCCAGAAGGGGAAAAUUCGUCAAGCUUUUGGAGGAGGACUUCUUCACAACUUUCAACAUCACAACUAGCUCUGGUGCUCCAUUUCCAACGAAUUAUAUGAAGGCAACACACCUGCCAUCAACAGGAGUAGAGAACAAUACUAACAACGUCAGGAACUUCAAGACACGAUCUUCUGAGAUCAAAUACAUGGAUAAAGCACAUCUUUGUCAUAAUAAUUGGGUUCGCUUUCAUUAA